CUUCCCCGCAAGGCAUCGCCGAGCUUUAUCCUCCACUCCCGUUCUUCCCAUCCUCUCCUUCUCCCCUCGUCUCCAUCGACAUCUCGGUCUCUCGCCCGUCAUGCCAGUCUACGAAUCCGCUCUAGGCUGGGUCGACGACCUCUUUGCCCUCUUCGGACGCACGCCACCACCCAAUCUCAAUCUGUACAUCGCACUCACCACCAUCCUCAUCCCCGUCCCCAUCCUCAUCAUGUUCCUUCGCAAUGCUCGACCCAGAUUCGCAUCAAUCCCUCCUUAUCGUGAGCGUGUACUCAUUCUGGGCGCGACAUCCGGCGUAGGAGAGGAGCUAGCCUACCAGUACGCGGCGAGAGGAUGCAGGAAUAUAGUGCUGGUGGGGAGGAGGGGUAAGGAGUUGGAGAGGGUCAAGGAGAAGUGCGCAGAGAAGCGAAAGGAAGGAGAGGAAUGGGAUCAAAGUCAGCAGGCACCGGGAUGGGAGGAUGUGGGCGAGACGGUGCACAUUGUCGAAGCGGAUUGUACUAAGCCGGAGGAUCUGGUGAAAGUGAGGCAGGUAGUGAGGAGAGCAUUGGGCGGCCUCGAUACGCUUCAUAUCACCUUUGGCGUAUCGGCCCUGCGUCCCCUUCUCAACUUAGCAGGUGUAGACCCGCUCACCCAAACCGCCAGCAGCUCCUCCAGCCCACAUGCGACUCUGGAGGGCAUUACCAACGUCCUUUCCAAAGCCUCUCAGAUCCACAACAUCAACGCAGCCGCAACAGCCGCUGUGCUGGCGACCUUCAUUCCACUCCUGCAGCUCACCUCGCCUCUGCCCACGAUCGUCCUGCUCAGCAGCGUAGCAGCCUACGUCCCACCACCGACACGCAGUCUCUACGGAGCAAGCAAAGCGGCCCAACUCCACGUCUUCCAGGCAGUCGCAGUAGAAUCCGCCGCCCAGUCCGAGCGCUCUACCCCAAAGCGUAGCGAAAUUGCCUUCCUCGCCAUGGCGCCCGCAACCAUCCGCACCUCGUUCCGCCAAUCCGCAAUCGACGGGGUACCAGGAGAAGAGCUCAAGGAUGCUGCAUGGGACGAUGCGAAGAGCAAGGGCUCGAGUGAGAUCCUCGAGGCAAGCGAGGUGGCCAGGCGCAGUAUCAAGUGCGCGGAUAGGGGCGAGAAGGGGAUCGUGGCCAUGCCUGUCAAGUACAGGAUUGUGAGGUGGAUUUAUCCUUUGAUGUGAGUGAACAUCAGCCGGCUGACGGUGACGGUCGUGAGCUGACGCUGCCUCUCCUCCCUGGCCCGGUCAACAGCCUUGCGAGAAGAAAGUACGGCUACUGAACACGUCAUGCCCGCCAGACGAGAUUGAAGAUGCAUUUGGUCAUUACGUAGGGCACGGCAUUCGAUCGAUCGCAAGGGAGUCCUGCGAGAGAAGAUAGAUAGAAAAGGGAAUGAGUGAAGGAGAAAGAUGGACAGGAAAGGGAGAGAAAAAGAGUUGGUCCGUAAUAGUAGCGUAGGAUAUAAACAAUGGAUUGUACCGUUGGCGACACUUCAACCUCACCUAGUGCCUCCAAGCC